AUAUAAAUAAGCACCAAGUGUCAAAGUAAAAUGAAAUUCAUCAAAAUAUUCGUUUGUUUGAUAAAAUGUCUAAAGACGCUUCAUCUCCCACCAAACCCAUCAGUGCUCUUGAUGAUUAUGUUUUAUUGGGCCCUAGUGGAUUAAGAGUUUCUCCAUUAUGUCUUGGCGCUUUGACUUUCGGAGAAACAUGGGGAUUAGGUUCUAACUAUGAAGAAUCGAAAAAAGUUUUUGACCUUUAUUAUGAAAAAGGUGGAAACUUCUUUGACACCGCUUGCAAUUAUAACAUGGGUGAAAGUGAACGUUUCCUUGGGGAUUAUGUUUCCGAUAAACGAUCCGAUGUCGUAAUUGCAACAAAAUUUUCAGCUAAUGUAACUAAUAUGCAAAAGGAUAAGAGGUACAAUCCGAAUUCUGGAGGAAAUCAUCGAAAAAGUCUUGUGGAAAAUUUGGAUGCAAGUUUAAAAAGAUUGAAUAUGAGUUAUGUUGAUAUCUUAUACGUUCAUUUCUAUGAAUAUCGAACUCCAAUUGAAGAAUUUAUGAGAUCAUUAGAUGAUGUCAUUCGAAGUGGAAAAGUUUUGUAUGCCGCUGUAAGCGAUAUGCCGGCUUGGGCACUCUCUCGUUCUAACACUAUUGCUGAAUUACGUGGAUGGAGCCCUUUCAUUGGACUUCAAACGCGUUAUAAUUUGUUGGAGCGAACGAUGGAAACCGACCUACAACUUGCCUGUGCUGAACAUGGUGUUGGAAUCAUUCCAUGGGGUGUUGUCGCAGAAGGGUUUCUUACCGGAAAAUAUUCAAAAGAAAAUUCAGAAGCAACAUCGGAAUUUCGUAAUAGAUUUAUCGCAGAACAUUCGAAAUCUGAAAAAAAUUGGAAAAUCUUGGAUGAAGUUAAAGCUAUUUCAGAAGAGAUCGGAAGAACACCAGUUCAAGUUACUUUGAAUUGGACCAUGCAAAAACCUGGUAUUACUUCUCCUUUAAUUGGUGCUAAAACAGUUAAUCAGCUCGAAGAAAAUCUUAAAGCACUUGAAUUUAAAUUGACACCUGAACAAAUGAAAAGACUUGAUGAUGUUUCUGAAGUUGAACAUCCAUUUCCUUAUAAAUUAAUUGAUUUAAUGGAUUUAAAUCUUGGAAAGAACAUUAAUAUACCAACUAGAUUUGAACCUUUUGCGGCUAAAUUUGAUUACGGAACUCGGCGUAAUUUAUAAUUUUUAUUAACAAAAAGAUAUUUAAAGCUUUAAGGAUAAUAGUAAUAAAUUAUAGUUAAUUUAGUUUAAUUAUUGUAUUGUGAUCUCUAAUGCAUAGUUAUUUAUAAUAAAAUGCAUGAAUAAAGUUGGUAAAAGG